AUGGCAGACAAAGCUUUGGUGCGAAGGCUGUCAGCGUGCGAAACAAUGGGAUCUGCUACAACAAUUUGCAGUGAUAAGACUGGAACUUUGACCUUGAAUCAGAUGACUGUAGUUGAGGCAUAUGUUGGGAGGAAGAAAUUAAAUCAACCAGAUGACUUGACAAAAUUGCAUCCGCAAGUUCUAUCUCUGAUAAAUGAGGGCAUUUCACAAAAUACAACUGGCAAUGUUUUUGUGCCUAAGGAUGGUGGAGCGAUGGAGGUGUCAGGAUCUCCUACAGAGAAGGCAAUUCUUUCUUGGGCAGUGAAGUUGGGGAUGAAUUUUGAUUUUAUUAGAUCAAAUUCAACAGUUCUCCAUGUCUUCCCCUUCAAUUCUGAGAAAAAGCGAGGUGGCGUUGCUGUGAAACUGCCGGACAAUGUAGUUCAUAUUCAUUGGAAAGGAGCUGCGGAGAUAGUUCUAGGAACGUGUACUCAAUAUCUUGAUUGUGAUGGUCACUUGAAACCUAUUGAAGAAGAGAAGGUAUUCUUCAAGAAAGGUAUCGAAGACAUGGCUACUCAGAGCUUGCGCUGUGUUGCCAUUGCAUACAGAUCGUAUGAUUUAAAUAAAAUUCCAUCUAAUGAGGAGGAAUUAGCCCAGUGGUCCUUGCCAGAACAUGAGCUGGUCUUGCUUGCUAUUGUUGGAAUAAAGGACCCUUGUCGCCCUGGUGUCAAGGAAGCUGUGAGAGUAUGCACUGAAGCUGGCGUUAAGGUACGCAUGGUUACCGGUGAUAAUCUUCAAACAGCAAAAGCAAUAGCUUUGGAGUGUGGAAUACUGAUGUCUAAUGAAGAUGCUGUUGAGCCAAAUAUAAUUGAAGGAAAGACAUUCCCACUACGUAAAGGUGGUGAAGUUGUUGCUGUCACAGGAGAUGGCACCAACGAUGCCCCUGCACUUCAUGAGGCAGAUAUUGGUCUUUCUAUGGGCAUCCAAGGAACAGAAGUUGCAAAAGAAAGUUCAGAUAUUAUUAUCUUGGAUGAUAACUUUGCAUCUGUAGUAAAGGUUGUUCGCUGGGGCCGUUCUGUAUAUGCAAAUAUUCAGAAAUUUAUUCAGUUCCAGCUCACUGUUAAUGUUGCGGCUCUUGUAAUAAAUGUUGUGGCAUCAAUAUCUUCUGGUGAUGUUCCUUUAAAUGCUGUACAGCUUUUGUGGGUCAACCUUAUAAUGGACACACUUGGAGCUCUUGCACUGGCUACGGAACCGCCAACAGACAGCCUUAUGCACAGAUCACCAGUUGGCCGAAGGGAACCUCUUAUAACAAAUAUCAUGUGGAGGAACUUGGUUGUACAGGCCCUCUAUCAAGUCAUUGUUCUUCUAGUUCUUCACUUCGGUGGUGAAAGUAUUCUACAUAAUAAGGAUUCUGCAGCCCAUACCAUACAAGUGAAGAAUACUUUAAUUUUCAAUGCAUUCGUCUUUUGCCAAAUAUUCAACGAGUUCAACGCCCGAAAACCAGAAGAGAUGAAUGUGUUCCAGGGAGUGACUAAGAACCGUCUCUUCAUGGGAAUUGUUGGAAUGACCUUUGUGCUUCAGAUAAUCAUCAUCGAGUUCCUUGGAAAAUUUACAACGACAGUGAAGCUUAGCUGGAACCUGUGGCUUGCCUCUCUUUGUAUUGGGCUUUUAAGCUGGCCUCUUGCCAUAGUAGGAAAAUUCAUUCCAGUUCCCAAAACACCACUGUCUCGAUAUUUAACCAAGUCACUCAGGAGAUUGAAGAUAUCCAAGUCCCAUGCAACUCAAUAG